AUGGACAGCUCCCAGGAGCCCCCAAACAACGGCACCCCGGGGCCUUUCGACGGCCCCCAGUGGCCCCACCAGGCCCCCAGGGCCACCUACCUGGCGGUGGCCGUGCUGAUGGGGCUCGUGGUGGCCUCGGCCUCGGCGCUCAACGGCCUGGUCAUCGUGGUGUCCGUCAGGCACAAGAAGCUGCGCUCGCCCCUCAACUACAUCCUGGUGAACCUGGCGGCGGCCAACCUGCUGGUGACGCUCUGCGGCAGCUCCGUCAGCCUCUCCAACAACAUCAGCGGCUUCUUCGCGUUUGGGGAGCGGCUCUGCCAGCUGGAGGGCUUCAUGGUGUCCCUGACAGGCAUCGUGGGGCUGUGGUCCCUGGCCAUCCUGGCCUUGGAGAGGUACCUGGUGGUCUGCAGACCCCUGGGAGAGUUUCGGUUCCAGCACCGGCACGCUGCCAGUGGCUGUGCCUUCACCUGGGGCUGGUCCCUGCUCUGGACAACCCCACCACUCCUGGGCUGGAGCAGCUACGUGCCUGAAGGCCUGAGGACCUCCUGCGGGCCCAACUGGUACACGGGCGGCAGCAACAACAGCAGCUACAUCCUGGCCUUGUUUGUCACCUGCUUUCUGAUGCCCCUCAGCCUGAUCCUCUUCUCCUACACCAACCUGCUGCUGACCCUGCGGGCGGCCGCGGCGCAGCAGCGGGAGUCGGACACGACGCAGCAGGCGGAGAGGGAGGUGACGCGCAUGGUGGUGGCCAUGGUGGUGGCCUUCCUCACCUGCUGGCUGCCCUACACCACCUUUGCGCUGGUGGUGGCCACCACCAAGGACAUUGUCGUCCAGCCAACCCUGGCGUCCCUGCCCUCCUACUUCUCCAAGACGGCCACGGUUUACAACCCCAUCAUCUACGUCUUCAUGAACAAACAGUUCCAGAGCUGCCUGCUGGGAAUGCUGUGCUGUGGUUACCACCCCCGGGGGAUGGGGAAAACCUCUCCAGCGGCCCCCGGUCCCCAGGCCGCUGCAGAGAGGCUGAGGAACAAGGUGACACCAUCCCACGCCGUGUGA